UGGUACCGCCCAAUGACAGUUAACGGCUGGCGGCGGAAAGUUCCGGAAGCUUUGGCGCAGUGUAUUGUGGGAGCGGUGACAGCCGGCUUCAUUGAGGAGAACUGACAGGAAUCCGCCAAGAUGAUGCCCACACCGGUCAUCCUGCUGAAGGAGGGAACGGACUCCUCGCAGGGGGUGCCGCAGCUCAUGAGCAACAUCAGCGCCUGCCAGGUGAUCGCUGAAGCCGUGCGCACCACCCUCGGCCCUCGCGGGAUGGACAAGCUCAUUGUUGAUGAUAGAGGUAAAGCCACGAUCUCCAACGAUGGCGCCACCAUAUUGAAGCUCCUCGACGUGGUGCAUCCCGCGGCCAAGACUCUGGUGGACAUCGCCAAAUCCCAGGAUGCCGAGGUUGGGGACGGCACCACCUCGGUGACUCUGCUGGCGGCCGAGUUCAUGAAGCAGAUCAGGUCUUACGUGGAAGAGGGGCUUCAUCCUCAGAUCAUCAUCCGCGCUUUCCGCACCGCGACCCAGCUGGCAGUCAGUAAAAUCAAAGAAAUUGCAGUCACGGUGAAGAAGGAGGACAAAGAAGAGCAGCGGCGGCUCCUAGAGAAGUGCGCGGCGACAGCCCUGAGCUCCAAACUCAUCGCCAUGCAGAAAGACUUCUUUGCCAAAAUGGUGGUGGAUGCGGUCGUCAUGCUGGAUGAUCUGCUGCAGCUCAAGAUGAUCGGGAUCAAGAAGGUCCAGGGUGGGGCGUUGGAGGAUUCCCACCUGGUGGCCGGAGUUGCCUUUAAGAAGACCUUCUCCUAUGCUGGGUUUGAAAUGCAGCCCAAGAAGUACGAGUCUCCAAAGAUCGCUCUUUUGAACGUAGAGUUGGAAUUAAAAGCAGAGAAGGAUAACGCGGAGGUCCGUGUUAACAACGUGGAGGACUACCAAGCGAUUGUGGAUGCCGAGUGGAACAUCUUGUAUGACAAACUGGACAGGAUUCACAAGUCGGGAGCUAAAGUUGUUCUCUCGAAGCUGCCUAUUGGAGAUGUGGCUACCCAGUACUUUGCCGACAGGGAUAUGUUCUGCGCUGGCAGAGUACCGGAAGAGGACCUCAAGAGGACCAUGAUGGCCUGCGGCGGGUCUAUCCAGACCAGUGUGAACGCCCUGACAGACGACGUGCUGGGUCAGUGCGCACUCUUUGAGGAGGCUCAGGUGGGAGGUGAAAGGUAUAACUUCUUCACCGGAUGCCCAAAAGCAAAGACCUGCACGAUCCUACUGAGAGGAGGCGCGGAGCAGUUCAUGGAGGAGACGGAGCGAUCGCUGCACGACGCCAUCAUGAUUGUACGGCGGGCCAUCAAGAAUGACUCUGUCGUUGCUGGAGGAGGCGCCAUAGAGAUGGAGCUGUCCAAAUACCUGCGCGACUACUCCAGGACCAUUCCUGGCAAGCAGCAGCUCCUCAUUGGCUCCUAUGCCAAGGCCUUGGAAAUCAUCCCCCGGCAGCUGUGUGACAACGCCGGCUUCGAUGCCACCAACAUCCUCAACAAACUGAGAGCAAAGCAUGCCCAGGGCGGGAUGUGGUACGGGGUGGACGUCAACAACGAGGACAUCGCUGAUAAUUUCGAGGCGUGCGUCUGGGAGCCGGCCAUCGUCAGGAUCAAUGCGCUAACCGCGGCUUCGGAAGCAGCCUGCCUCAUCCUUUCCGUGGACGAAACCAUCAAGAAUCCGCGCUCCACCGUGGAGGGCGCUCCGGGGGGCCGUGGCAGGGGCCGGCCGCACCAUCAUUAAACCACGCUUGCAGCUCGUUGUCCGACCCGGUCACAUUUCUUCACGUCCGUACCGGUUUAAAAGGAGGACUGUGGGUGCGGUGCCAUCACCAAAGGGUUAAUGGUAACACAAAGGGGUUAUUAGUGGCUGUGAUUAUAGCAGCCGCAUCAGCCAGGGCAAAAGUUUAGCGUUGUACAAUUAGAUCGCCAGUGUGUAUAACCCUAACCGGGACUGUGCGAUGAAACACAUGAUGGUUAGCGGGUAUAACCGCCAUUUCCCUUUUCAUUCAUAGCCGCAGCGCCCAAAACAAACGAAAGCUCUUGUCGGGUCCCUGUUACCCCCUGUAACCCGCAGAUCGUCUUACUGACAUCAAACAGUAGGGUCAGUCUGGCGGAGCGCAGCGCCCGCAGUCCCUCCAUCCCAUGCUUGGUGCGUCUGUUAGAUGCCGCGAGUCCCGGUUCGAGGCAAGCGGCCGGGCUCCUUCCUGCAGGCGUUUCGCCGUUUUUGUUACUGUAUUUAUUUCUUCUGAACAAAUCUGAAUUAAAUGCACUUCCCUCA